UCAUAUCAUUUCAGUUUUUCGUUCUGGAAUCCAAGUUUCAGCGUUUCUAUCGUAAUUUUUGUGCGUCUACAAACAAAAAAAUACUAAAUAACUAUGUCCGGGCAAGUUUGUGAUAUUGGCGAUGAUGUCAAAGAAGUAUUAAAGAAAUUUCGCUUCCAAAAGCACAGCACAAACUCUGCGCUUAUACUGAAGGUAAACCGUGAGAAGCAGCUGCUAGAGGUGGACUCGGAGCUGGAAGACGUGCAGCUGGAGGAGCUGCAGGAGACGCUGCCCGGCCACCAGCCCCGGUUCAUUGUGUACAGUUACAAAUUGGAGCAUGAUGAUGGCAGAGUAUCGUUCCCGAUGUGCUUCAUAUUCUACACACCGCGAGAUGCUCACAUGGAACUUCAGGUGAUGUACGCCGGCACCCAGAGGGCGCUGGCGGCGGCGGUGGGGGCGCCGAGACUGCUGGAGGUCAGGGAGAUCGACGAACUCACAGACGAAUGGCUGAAGGAGAAACUGGUGCGGUAAUUUACGUGUAUCAACUUUAUACGUAGAUGUUAAGAGUCGGGUAACACACAGAUUGUAGCAUAGAUGGCGCUAGUGUAUGUGCUGAGUAUUAAGUAUUUUAAGCAUAAAUGAACCUUGAGUGUGAGUGAGACAAUGAUAGAUGCGGCUCUGUAGGAUGAUUCAGUAUAAAUAAAUUCAGCCUUAGACAAAAGCCAAAACGAACGAUAUUUUGCAACACUA